AUGGAGCCCAAGCCCGCCGCACCGGGUCCUUGUCCCGGCGACUUCCGUGUCGCGGAGGCGGCGGCCGCGGCUGCCGCGGCCUCCUCGCUGAACCCGGCCGAGGCCCGGGCCGAGCCCGGGCGCCGCGCUCCCAGCGUGGCUGCCGUGUUGCCGGCGGGGGGAAGUGGGGAGAGGAUGGGCGUCCCCACCCCGAAGCAGUUCUGUCCCAUCCUGGAGAGGCCGCUCAUCAGCUACACCCUGCAGGCCUUGGAGAGGGUAUGUUGGAUAAAAGACAUUGUUGUGGCAGUAACUGGAGAGAACAUGGAAGCGAUGAAAGGUAUCAUUCAAAAGUACAAGCAUCAGCGCAUCUCCCUGGUUGAAGCUGGAGUGACCCGCCACAGGUCAAUUUUCAAUGGGCUAAGAGCACUGGCAGAGGACCAGCCCAACUCGAAACUCUCUAAGCCAGAAGUUGUGAUAAUCCAUGACGCUGUGAGACCAUUUGUCGAGGAAGAUGUCCUUCUCAAAGUUGUCACAGCUGCUAAGGAACAUGGGGCAGCAGGAGCAGUUCGACCUCUUAUAUCUACAGUAAUCAGUCCCUCUGCAGAUGGUCGCUUAGACCAUUCACUAGAACGUGCCAGACACAGAGCAAGUGAAAUGCCACAGGCCUUUCUGUUUGAUGUGAUCUAUGAAGCAUAUCAGCAGUGUAGUGACUAUGACUUGGAAUUUGGAACUGAGUGUUUGCAGUUGGCUCUAAAAUAUGGUCACGUUAAUGCCAAACUUGUGGAAGGAUCACCUGACCUCUGGAAGGUGACCUACAAACGAGAUCUGUAUGCAGCUGAAUCGAUUAUUAAGGAAAGAAUUUCACAACACAUUUGCAUAAUUAUGGACACAAAAGAAGAUGAGAAUCAUGUAGGCCAUCAUCUUGAAGAAAUACUAAAAAAUGAAUUAAAUCAUGUAGAAGUCACGUCUGGGGCUUUGUGUCCUGCGGGCAGAGAUCUUAAGCAAAUCAUCUUAGAGCAAUGCUAUAAUUAUGUUUGUGUGAAUGUUAUGUCCUCUGAUUUUGAGGAAACCCAGAGGUUACUGAACAUGCUUGAAGAGAGUAAUCUUUCCAUUUUCUAUCCUGUUGUUGUUAUUUCAGUUUAUUUUCUUGAUUAUAAAUCAGUACAUUUUGAUCAGAAAGUGGAAAACCUAAUGCAGAUUAGGGAAUAUGCAAAGGAAGUGAGGAAAAGAAAUAUUUUAUUAUGCGGUCUUCUUAUAUAUUAUCCACAGGAUGAGCAGAAGCUACAAGCAAGUUUAAGGGAAGGAGCCACGAUUAUUACCACUUUAAUCAAAGAAAGAAAUUCUGGACUUGUUGGUCAACUACUGAUAGCAUGAAGAACACAGAGAAAAUUACGUUGUGGGUUUUUAGAAACAUUUACCUAGGCAUCUCUGCCAUUCUUCCCACCCUACUGCAUAUGGUAAAAUGUUUAAGUUGUCCUUCAUGUCUCACAAUUUGUAGAAUGUGAUGUUUGGGUUAUAGAAAUGAAUCUGUGUUUAUAUCUGUUGGAAAAAAACCACUUUUGUGCAUGUCCAAUAUAAAUUAAUCAGAGAAUAUGCAAAUGGAAAGUAAUAACCUUCACGUAAUUUUCUGCAAAGGCAUGAAAAAUCAAACAGAAAAUGUGAUGGGUGAGCUAAUCCUCCUAGGAAUGAACAUUUAGAAAACUUCAACUAUGAUCUUAUUUCUGUGUUAACUAGGAAAUCACAGUAUCAUACAACUAGUAAAAAAAAAAAAUUUAGAAUUUUUUUAAUUCUAAAAUUGUCCUCUUAUCAGGUGAUAUUUUGACUUGUUUUCUGAUUUUUGACACCUUAAAAAAAUAAAGAGAUAACAGGGAGCUCUGCUUCAAAUAUUUUCACUGUUGGGCUCACAUAACUCUAGAUCCAUAAAGGAGAUUUAGUUCCCUCCUGCUUUUCUGUUUUAAAAUUGUGUGUUUUCCUCGGUUUAUGAAAAAUAAUUUUGACUUAUUUUAAAAAGUUUCUGAUUUUUCUGAUUAUACUUAAAAGAAGACCAGAAAUCUUCAUAAAGGUGAAAUUAUUUUGGUCAGUCCCAAGUUAGUCUUUUCUGAAAGGUAGAGAGUCAUAAAUUAUUUUUUGAUACAGAUACUGCUGUCUUUUUUUUUUUUUUUUUAAUUUUUAUUUAAGUAGGCUCCA